GCGGAGGGUGCCUUGGCCAACUGGAACUGGCCAAUGGAGCUGGAGAAAACCUCUGAGCAUAAUAUUCUUGAGAGCGGAAGCCCUUUGCCAAAAAUUGAAACUGAGGAAAUGAUGCCCGAAUUUGGCAAUGCGUUGGCGCAACCGUUUAAUUUCCCGCUGUUUCCGAUGCCCUGGAACAGAGGCCACAGCCUUUGGCAUCAGCGGUACAACAAGCAUCUGAAGGAGUUGCAGAUGCAUCGGACAUGGCUGGGCGAUCUGCAAUCUCCGGCUCCGGUCAUGCCAAAAUUGAAACACGGCCACAAACUCUUGCAAACCAAUGACGAGGAUGAAGAUGCGUACGAUAUGCCGCAGGAGCAUCAGAAAUUAAAGCGGGAACCAUUCAAAUACAAGGGACCACUCUUUAGACCAUCCAUCAGCGCUGGAGUCAUGACCAAUCUGGGGGACUUUUUCAAGCAGCUCGAGGCAAACGUGCACUUUGCAGAGCAUUCCCAGCAGCUCGGCGAGGGAGAGUCCCGACUACUCGAGGGUCGGCAUCCAUAUGCGCUUGAGCAGAGCUCAGAUAUAGCAAACGAUUCUGAUUAUGACUCUGGUCAGCUACCUGAUCGUAAUCCAUCCAAAUUUCUGCAAUCCGUGCGCAGCUAUCAACCCUCGCAAAAGAUACGAUCUUUGGUGUCCCGCAAUCCCAACGGCUAUCGGGGCUCCCAAUUUAUAGAUCCCAGCUACAUGUGGCUGGGAUUGGGCAAAUGACCAUUGGACUUUAUCCCAACAACAGGUCACAACGAUUACAAGUAACUGCUCUGCGUGAAACACUCUGCAAAUUCAGCCCCAUCUAUUCAAUUUAACUCUAUGUGUACAUAUAUAUGUAGGUAUUUAUGUGUUUAUUUGUAUGUAUGUGUUAAUGGCAAACAUUAAUAAAAA